AUGGACGAGGAGGAUCCGGUUGUCCAAGAGAUCCCGGUCUAUCUAUCACAAGCGCUUGCAGAGCAUUUGUAUAUAUAUCAAUACCCGGUCAGACCGGCGAAUAGGGAUUGGAAAGAUAUCAAAGUUAUAAAUGCCUCUAUAAAACCAAAAAAUCAACUUGUGCGAAUGGAAAUCGGUCUGGACACGUAUAGUGAAAAGUAUUGUCCUUCCAAAGGCGAACAGAUAGCAUUGAAUACUGAUGGACCACAGGAAUCAAAAUAUAUUAAAGAUAAAGAAAAAGAGAGAUCUCAGUAUUUUAGAAAUGGUAUAAUGGACAAGAUUGUGUAUGAGAGCAGCUCACCGUGUUUAGAAACGAAGCAUUAUGCUGUAGCUAUACUACAGGAUAAAGAAUUACAUUGUACACCUAUAAAAGGUAUUUGUCAGCUAAGGCCGUCAUAUUCAUAUUUUGAUAAGCAAGAUAAAAGGAAGGUUGACAAGAGCAAAGCUGAGAAUUCAGAUGACGAGGAAAAAGAAUCCGAACCACAACAGGUGACUGUAAAGUUCUCAAGAACGGAAACGGAUGUUGCGAAGAAAGCGAGGGAAAAAUCAUACGAAUCUAUUUCACAGAAGAUAGCUAAUGAACCCUGGUAUGAUGCAUUCUGGAGAAAAUUGGAUGAUGAUCAUGCUGAUUUGGAGCGUCUAAAAUUAUUCAGCUCGACAACAUCAGAUGGGUCAGCUUUAACAUUGGGUGCAACUGAGUAUAUAAGCACAUUGGUACCUUCACUCACUGACGAAGCUGAAAUGACACCAGUUAAGAAGAUCUCUUUACAGGAUCAGAUUAAGGAAAUCUUGUUAAAUGCUAAGUUAAUGACGUUCACCGAGCUCCGUUCAUUAGUUCAUACAGAUGAGGGUAGUUUAGUGAGUGAGAGCGCCCUCCUCACAGCGCUAGGUGGCGCUGCGUGUUGUGUACGAGGAUUAUGGACCGCUCGCUCGCAACAGAUGUACACACGACCGGCUCCCGCGCCGCCUAGGCUUAUGUGCGCGGCUAGAGAUCACGUGCUCUACUUAUUCACUCAACACUCGUACGUUGACCGUCGGAAAAUACAAGCGGCUGUACGUUUACCGGCUCAGGAAGUAUUGGAAAUACUCCGUUCAGUAGCAAAGUUGAAUCCACAGACUGGAUGGGAACUUCUUCUACCGCCGGAUUCAGCAUUCGAAGCAAAAUAUCCCGAGGUUAUUCAGAGACAGAACUUGUAUUGGGAGGCAUGCCAGCGGCAGUUUAACGAGAUGCUGAUAGGCGAAAACCUUCCGAAGCGACAAAGAAAAAAAUCCCAAAGGGAUUCAAUAAGUUCGGAUUCUAUGUUGAGCCCUAGACCGAGGAAUUACAGUGUUAGUGAGGAAGACGAUAGGAAAAGGAAGAUCAAAAUGACAUCAGCUCCUAAAAGGACUAGAAAUAUGAGUUCAAGUAGUGCCCAGGACGCGACGUGA